UCGAGGACAGAAGGGAGAAGAACUGCGCUUCGAUAUGAUGUAUAAAUUUGUGACGUUUUGCUUGGCUUGCGUAAUCGCCGACGUUGCCGUGGGUAAGAGAAAUUUUACUCGAUGCAAAACGGAUGAAGCCAAUCAAUUGAGGAGGAACCCAACUGCUCUCCUGGAGUUUUUCAAAAAGUUGGCUUUUUCUUGCAAAGAAUUAUUGGACAUAUUUCGUGAAAUUAUUAAUUCGCUUCCGGAAGGGUGCAAGACCAUAGGCGAGCUAGCAUCAUCUCUUACAAGUUGCGGCACCACAGAGAAGAUUGCGAAAAUUUCGUACUCCUCAGAUUGCGGUCGGUGCGUGUUGAAUUCGCACCUGAAAGACAGCUGCCAGGAUUUCGACAAAACUUGCUCCAACUUGGUGGAAAAGGAAGAGUGAUCUCCGGAAAGGCCCGACGACGUCCGGAAGGAAGAUCGAGCAUUCCUCCUCUCUCGUCUAUUAAAUAAAGAUUUCUGAGCAAUGGA